ACUAAUGUGAACCAUAUCUUACUGAAAUUUGGCUCUAACUAACAUGAACUCCUUAACAUGCCUUGUCACGUUUAUGGGCUACAGGUGUAGGUGAUACAAAACCCUUUUUUAUGCAGUAAAAUAACUUAUUUACAUUCUGAUUUAUGUUCUGUUCUCCACUUAAUAAUUCCAGAUCAGUAACAGGAAUUAACCCAACUUCUGCAUGUUUGAAGACAGACAAACUAAAGGUUUGGAGGACAUGAACUGUUUGAUUUGUAUCCAGGAAAAUAUUGAUUUUAUUCAUUAUAUUUUGACAGCAGAUUUACUUUAAUAUUUUUUUUCCAUUACUAUUACAGUUAAAAUUAAGCUAUUCAGUAAUGUUCCUUAUCAAACAUGAAAGCUUUUUAUAUAAUGCGUGAUUAGUAAUCCUCAGGAUUUAGUGGUGUAAUGCGGACAAUUGACAAACAUCCUGGCCCGUUUAGGGGUUAAACAAAAAACCUCAGUAGCCGAAUACCUUUACACAAUUAUAUAAAAUGUAAUGUUUUAGCCAAGACAUGUUUUUGGGUUAAAACAAGCUUCUUUAGUUCUUCUUUAGUCUGAAAUCUCAUUUUAAAAAUGUGUCACCCAAAAUGUUAAAAUGCUAGUUAAUUAGACUCCCUAUUAUGUGCCAAACUGUGCCAUUUCUAUUUCUGAAUGGAAUAAGUUAGUGGGGUCUAUGGAGUGUGUGCUGCUGAAAACGGUCCUCUGGUGCCCCCUGUGGACACAUGUUUGUAUUGCGCUAUUCAAAGCUCUGCUGUGUGUUUACAGUAGAUGGCAGUAGGAUGAUAAGAAGUCAAGGUGUGUUAAAACCCGGCAGAGGAGAAGCCCAGGAUGCAGUACAUCCCAAAACAUGGAGAUAGCUAGCCAGACUGGCUGUUAAGCUACGUGUCUUGUAUCAUGCUAGCUAAAACACACAGUUUAGCAUUUCCCAGGCAUUAAUAUGGGGCUUCGUGUUUGUCUGUACGUCCCUAAUAUAAUAGGUUAUUUUCGGGCUCUCCUGGUGCUUAUUGCCUGGUGUGUCUUCAGUCACCCUGACCUUUUUCUUCCUGUGUAUGGUUUAUCUGCUCUUCUAGAUGGUCUGGAUGGCUGGACAGCUCGGCGACUCAAGCAGACCUCUAGGUUUGGAGCUUGGUUGGAUGUGGUGGUGGACAACUUUGGACGUGGCAUGCUUUGGAGCAUGCUUUAUGAUUGGGGUUGGUUGGUGGCUUCAUUAGAGUGGUGCACAUUUGUUUGCAACCACAACACCAGAGGAGCACAGUGGAAGAGCUCGUUUACAGAGAGUCCUACCUGGGUGCGGGCCGUAAUGGCAAAAGGCUUUAAAACUCCUCCGGGUGUGCUGACGAUAGCAGGUCUGCAUGGCAUGCCGGUGUGGCUGUAUGGUCUCCAGCAUAAUGUUCUCUCACAGUUCUGCAUCCCUCAGUGGCUGCAGAUCCUCGGCUUCUUGUUGCUGGCUGCAGGAAGACUGCUGUGCCUUGCGGUUGAGAUGUGGUGCAUAUUAGCUCAUAUAAAACAUUUGACAAAGGAUGAAGAUGAAGAGAAAAGAGACUAAGAACACUUACACAGCAAAACCUCAGGACAUGGAAAUAGGUUAAGGUAACCAAACAUUCCUAGAUGAUUGUGUUAGGUUUAGGCUUUGGCCAAACGGUUCUCUGUAUACUUUAUUAUCCUCUUUAAUCACUGUUCUACAAUGGUCAGGACCUCAGGACAAGACCAUCACAAUUAUUUCAUCACAUUAUUUGGAUGGUGGGUCUUUCUCAGCACUGCAGUAACACUGGCAUGGUGGUGUUGUAUUAGUUGUGUUGUGCUGGUUUGAGUUAAAUGGAGAUUUUAAACAGUGUUCAGUCACUGUCCGCUCUAUUUGACACUCCUAUCUGGCUGCUCCACCUUGUAGAUAGAGUAAACUCAAGAGGCAGACGCUCUAAAUCUGUUGCUCCACGAUUUGUGUCGAUUAUCCUCUAGUCCUUCAUCAAUGCUGACAGGAUAAUUUUCAAUAAUUAAUUGAAUUUUAAAUGACAAUACUUUCCUUUGCAUUGCCUUUGUAUUGAAUUGGCGGUAUAGCAAGAAUAAUACAUACAGCUCUGGAAAAAAAUGAUGAAUAUCUUUGAUUUUACCCAAUGAAAAGCCUCUGGAAUAUAAUCAAGAGAAGAUGGAUGAUCACAAACCAUCAUACCAAGCUGAACUGCUUGAAUUUUUGCACCAGGAGUGGCAUCAAGUUAUCCAAAAGCAUUGUAAAAGACUGGUGGAGGAGAACAUGCCAGUAUGCAUGAAACUGUGAUUAAAAACCAGGGAUAUUCCACCAAACAUUGAUUUCUGAACUCUUAAAACUUUAUGAAUAUGAACUAGUUUUCUUGCAUUAUUUGAUGUCUGAAACCUCUGCUUCUUUUAUGUUAUUUCAGCCAUUUCUCAUUUUCUGUAAAUAAAUGCUCUAAAUGACAAUAUUUUUAUUUGGAAUUUGGGAGAAAUGUUGUCCGUAGUUUAUAGAAUAAAACAACAAUGUUUAUUUUACUCAAACAUAAACCUAUAAAUAGCAAAAUCAGAAACCGAUUCAGAAACUGAAAUGGUCUCUUAAUUUUUUUCCAGAGUUGUAUAUACAAUAGGGCUGUCCCUAACGAU